AUGGCGACGCACGGGCACGUCGAGGACGCGCACGAGCACGAUCACGCUGGAAGGCCGUGCACCGCCGGUCACAGCCACGACAGCCAUGAAUUGCACGGUGCGGGCGAGCACGCGCACGGCGGCAGCGACACCGCAACGAGCGGCAUCGCUGGCCAGAUGAAGGCCAAGCUGUAUGAAUCGGAGCUCGCGCCGAGCUACGUCUCCGUCGAGGCACACGGGGAUGGCUGCGGCCAGAAGGUUCAGUGCGUCGUUGUUGCCGGCGCGUUUGAUGGCGUGGCUCUGCUCGAGCGCCAUCGGGCGGUGCAGGACCUGCUGGCGGAAGAGAUAAAAGAGAUCCACGCUUUUCAGGCGAGCACGCCCGCAUCCACCGCCUCCUCCCUCACCGCCGCCGCCCUCUCCGCCUGGCACGGCGUGAUGCUUGUUGCGUUUUUGACUGCGUAA